UGCCAUCUCUCUCUGUCUACCAAACCAGUGCAGGUAAAUGAGACGCAGCUUUAAAGUCAGGUAGGAAAAUUACCAACACAUCAACAGCCUCCUUAGCAACGAGACAGUCACAUGUUUGUUUGUUUUUUUCAACCCAACUUGCGCCCUUGAGGACGUUACAACUCCUGCCCAAAAAUCUCCGGGCGACGUUGAGGGAAAGUGAAACUGCGGCUUUUUUUUUUCCUGCUUCCCGCCCGCGCACAGUUCUCCAGACCAGCCCGCGCGGCACUCGCUCGCUACCCACUGCCGCAUCUGCAGGGGUGGAACCCGGACUGAUCCAGGCCGAGAGUCCCCUGGUGUUGCGCCGGCUCACCGUCUGUACGAAGCCAGCAGGACGUGGAGAAAUGGAUUCCCGCCGUUGAAUCGACCCCCCACCAACACAGUGUGAUGUAUCGCGCCCGACGCUGGCGGGCAGCGAGGGCAUGAGACUGCGAGGAGGGCGGGAUUUCAACCACGACACCCACCUGGAUCUGGCCCCUCCUCCCCCGCCGCCUGUCGCCUGGUUGCCCGGGGUCCUCAGCAAGCGUGUGCGUCUGCGCCUGCGUCUUGAUCGCCGUGACGACCGGGGGCGAGGCUGCUGGCAUCUGGUCGACUUGGAGGCGGAGUCAGAGCCAGCUGGGCAGAGACCGAGGAGCCGGGCCCCUGACAUCUGUGCACAAAGUCUGAUGAGUACCCUGUCUGUCGGCUCCGAAAUGCAGACUCCUGCUCUCAGCCCGCAGUACAUAGCGGGGCCCCCGGGUAAGGUGCCUGGCAGAAAGAGAGGACGGCCUCCCAUCCGUAAGCUGGAGUUCCAGAGUCACUAUGUAGAGCCUCUGUCACCCCUCAAGGUUCCGAAGAAGAGAGGCAGGAAACCUGGCUUUAAGCUGAAGCCCAGGAUGGUGAUGUCCCCACUGGCCAACUCUCCUCCCAACGGCACGCCAGAGCCUGAGAUGGGCUCCAUCCCACAGGAUGCUGCUAUCGUCCCCCACUCUGCCACACCACAGGUCCUGACAGAGACACCAAUGCCCGAUGACUUUUUAUGUGACCCACCGGUGGACUCCAAACGCUAUGCCGUAGAUCCCAGCGACUCCGCCUUCAACGUCAUGACCUCACAGUACCCAACCAAGCACUCCUACAGUUACCGCGGCAGCAGCUGCUCUACUGCGAUGGGCGUGUGCAGACAAGCGUCGAGCCCAGGAAGCUUCCAGGACGGAAACAGAAAUGGUUACAGCCCAAUGCCAGACUCUGGAGAGUGCAAGCGUCCUGCUGCUAAGGACCCAUCCAGCUGGGGUGUGGAGGAGGUGGUCUGGUUUAUCAAAGAUGCUGACCCCCAAGCCCUGGGACCUCACGCUGAUGCCUUCAGGAAGCACGAGAUAGACGGAGACGCUCUGCUCCUGCUGAAAAGUGAGAUGAUGAUGAAGUACCUGGGACUGAAGCUGGGCCCUGCACUCAAACUCUGCUACCACAUCGACAGGCUUAAACAGAAUCGGUUGUGAUUUUCUGCAGAGGAGCCGAACCUCUGAUCACCGGUCACUAAAACUGAACCAAAACUCAGCCAUCAGCAAUAGAUCAUGAGCGCCUUUGGUUUCAGACUGUGUACUUUUAUUGCACCCGCGCCACAUUUUGCCAACAAAUUGGACACAUUGCCUGUACAUAUUAAGACUAUUUACAGCUGAAGCUAUUGUUUCAUUUUCAUCUAUGUUUACUGGCUUUAGAUUGUAAAUAGUUUGGCUCCACAGAGAUGGCAGCUACUGUAUAUUGAAAUGUGACCUGUAAUAACUUCACUAUAUCUGGCGUACAGCAGCAUGGAUUUGUGCAGAUGUUAAUCAUGCACACGCUAUCAACACCUCUGAAGACCUACAAAGACAGGGAUCUUUAUAAACUUGUAUGGUGCUUUACCUCAGUAUCAUAUUUAAACUUAAAGAAGACUUGCUGCUGUCUUUUAAGAUAACCGUUUUGUUCUAAACUGAUGAUGAUGUUCAUACAGAUAUCUCCCAAACUCUCCAUUAAGUAAUAAGUGACAAAUCCUAGUACAUUUUGUUUUGUUAUAUCUUAAUAUUGAAAGACGUAAAACUGCAUUAAAAAACAAGUGAUGUUUCUCACCCCCAGAAAAGUGAAACAAAGCGAUUUGAACAUGUUUACCACAAACCACAGCUCAGUGCUGAAACUAUAAGGUAUUUCACUAAGCAGAUGUGCUUAAGAUCACACUGUGUUUAUUAACAUGACAGGAAGGAAAGGAGACAGACACUGUCAGGGUUUUUUUUUCCACCAUAUUCACAUGAACUGCAGAUCAUGUUACACUCCUACAACUGGUCUUAAAAUUACUAUAUUGAGUUGCAGGUCACUUUGCAACCAUCCUAGUGUUUCAGAAAGUUGCAAAAUGGUGUGAGCAAUAGCAACUUGUACCAAACCCACACAACUUGGUGCUCAAUGAAACUGUUACUGCCACUACAGCCACAACACUUCAUCACUCAUCUCAUACACUUCAUGACUUUGUCUGUGUGACUUCCAGAUAAGGCUACGGUUUACAUUCUCCUCAUGCAAUACCUCCUCAGUCAUUUUGAAUAUGAAGCCGUGUUUUGCUCCAAAAUGCCAAAUGAUUAAGCAGUGUUUUAUCAUAAACUAUUAACUAAAACGUCUCAAGCAUUAAUAAUAAGUUUUCUGAAGCCACCAAAUGCAGUUUUGUCAUUUAAAAUUGUACAAACAACAACAACUUUUACACACAUUAAUAAUCAUUCUCAUGCAGUAUAUGACUGAUUUGUAAAAUUUGUGGUUAAACACAAUGCUUUUUUAAAAAACCUUCUGUACAGUACUCAUUAAUCACUUUGUUACUUUGUGUUCCAUAUAAUAUGUUUUGCCUAAAUUUGUAAAAGUCUGUGUGCCACAAACAGACUUAUGUGAUGUACAGCAUGUAUGUCUAUGUAUGAAUUCUUUCAGUAUUUAAUGACUGUUGUCAGCCCUAGUGUGUUAUGGGCUGUAUUAAACUUUCACUUUUUAUUUUCAGAUUAACUGAAACUGAUGAUCAGAAUUUGUUGAUUUGCAAGAAAUGAGGGAUGUGUAUUGCACAAGAGCUGUUUCCCCAAACUGAAAAAAAUAAAUCAAUAAAAUGUAAACAAACAAACAAAACAAAACAACAACAAACAAAACAAAAAAAAAAACCCACUUUUUUUUUAUCACUCCUGUGACCCAUAUUAAAUACAUUUUGACUCCUUAUUGACUUCCUUCCUUUUUACUUUAAUGCUUGUUUUUGUUUUUUUAAUAAAGCACACUUUUCCAAGAUAAAAUAAACUUGUUUUUAAAUGAA